UUUGGUUUCAGCAAUUUUAAAUCUAUAUAUAGAGAUAUCUUUGUCAGAAUUGCAUUGUUAGCCUCCCCUGAUAAACUAAUCGUCUCACAUUGUCACUGCCAAAAGACACCUAUUGAUGGGUCUCACCCCCCUGCUGAUUGCCACUCUCUUCUGUCUCCUAGUAUGCCCUGGCAACUUCACCCACGGAUGCAACGUUACCUUAGAAGAGAUCAUCAAAACUUUGAACACACUCUCAGGGAAAAAGACUACAUGCAUGGAGGUGAUGGUAGCAGACGUCUUUGCUGUCCCCAAGAACACAACCGAGAAGGAAAUCCUCUGCACGGCUACAACUGUGCUUCGGCAGACCUAUCAAGACCACCCGGUGUCUAGGUGUUUGAACAAAAAUGGAAAACUUGACAUUCUCAAACUCCUGAGAGGACUCUACAGGAACCUCCGAAGCAUGGCCCAGUUGCACAACUGUCCCGUGAGUGAAUCCAAGCAGAGAACAUUGAAAGACUUCUUGGAAAGCCUAAAAAACACCAUGCAAAAGAAAUAUUCACAGUGUGGAAGGUCCAAGUUUUAAUUUAUAAGUUUUUA